CUUUCGCCUUCGUCUCUUCUCCCAAAUCGAGCCACCGCUUGUCGUCUCCUGUGGGAGUCGCAAGCACUGCGGGGCAGCGGGAGGCGAUCGCGAGGGAGAGUUAGGGGACGGUAGCGGUGCGAGAGCAUGGCGGCGACGUCGUAUUCGUCGUCUUCAUCGGCGGCGGGGGCUGGUGGCGGCAGCGCCGCGGCGGCGACGGCGGCCGGGCUCAAGACCUACUUCAAGACGCCCGAGGGGAGGUACAAGCUGCAGUACGAGAAAGCUCACUCCACCGCUGUCCUUCACUACAACCACGGCGGGAAGACCGUCUCGCAGUUGACAGUGGCAUACCUGAAGGAGAGGUCGACUGGCCAAGGCUCCACACCAUCAACACCAAGCUCCAGCAGUGGGAUGCGAUCGGCGGCAGCAAGGCUGCUGGGCACUGGGAAUGGUAGCCGGGCACUUAGCUUCGUUGGGGGUAAUGGUGUCAGUCGUGCUGUGUCUGGAAGCAGCCGCGUGGGAGGAACCUUUGGUACAUCUACAAGCCUUGGAGGAUCUCAAGCUGUAGCAAACUACGAUGGCAAGGGUGCAUACAUCAUCUACAAUUCUGCGGAUACACUAUUCAUCAGCGACCUUAAUUCCCAAGACAAGGAUCCGCUAAAGUCCAUCCAUUUUAGCAACUCUAACCCAUUGUGCCACGCAUUUGACUCGGAGGCCAAGGAGGGGCAUGACUUAAUCAUUGGGAUGGGAUCAGGGGAUGUUUAUUCAAUGUCGCUGAGGCAACAGCUACAAGAACCUGGAAGGAAGCCUGUUGCAGCCCAACAUUAUAAUAGGGGUGAUAAAGAUGGAAUGAGCAUCAGCAGCCGUUGCACUUCUGUUGCAUGGGUUCCGGAGUGUGAAGGCAUGUUUGUUGUUAGCCACUCUGAUGGAAAUUUGUAUGUGUAUGAUAAAUGCAGAGAUGGAAACACGGAGUGUACAUUUCCAGCUAUAAGGGAUCCAGCUCAAUUGAUGGUUUCACAUGCAAAGUCGAGUAAGAGUAACCCAAUUGCCAGGUGGCAUGUUUGUCAUGGUUCAAUCAAUGCAAUUUCCUUCUCUCCAGAUGGGGCAUACUUGGCGACGGUUGGGCGAGAUGGUUAUUUGAGAGUGUUUGACUUUUCAAAGGAACAGCUAAUAUUUGGUGGCAAAAGUUAUUAUGGCGCUCUCUUGUGUUGCACCUGGAGCUCGGAUGGCAAAUAUCUAUUGACAGGUGGUGAAGAUGAUCUUGUGCAGGUAUGGAGCAUGGACGACAGGAAGACUGUUGCAUGGGGUGAAGGGCAUAAUUCUUGGGUUAGUGGAGUUGCUUUUGAUCCAUAUUGGUCCCCACCAAAUGCUGAUGGAACGGGAGAAAAUGCGGUGUAUCGUUUUGGUUCUGUUGGUCAGGAUACCCAAUUGCUUCUGUGGGAUUUGGCAAUGGAUGAGAUUGUUGUCCCACUACGUCAUCCUUCAGGUGGUUCGCCAACAUUUAGCAGUGGGAGUCCUGCACACUGGGACAGUGCAUGCCCUCCAACAGGUAUUCUUCAACCUUCUCCUAGAAUGCGGGACGUGCCAAAGCUUUCACCUCUUGUCGCCCACCGAGUACAUGCGGAUCCCCUGUCUGGUGUGGUGUUCAGCACUGAAUCAAUCGUCACCAUUUGCCGCGAGGGACUAAUCAAAAUAUGGGCCAGACCUGGCCACAGUGAAAACAAUCAACAGUCAAAUUCUUCCGAGUAGGCUUUAGGCAAUACUGUCUCCAAAGAUAGGGCAAUCGCAUCCUUCAGUAAAGCAAGUGGCUCUAGCUUCAAGCAACCUUCAUCGCUUGGCUUGACAUAGCCGUGAGUUUCUUACUAACACCAUGAUUGAUGAGACGGGCUCUCAAAGGAGGCUGCUGGUGAUGAAGGCACAUAUUUGUAGAUGUUCCUUGAUUACAGCAAGGCUAGUUAGUGGUACAAAACAAUAAUGGAACAUGCCUCUGUACAGAUACAUAUACUCCAAGAUAGCUAAUACAAGUUUGCUUUCUGUUUUGUA